UCCUAGCGGCACAGAGAGCGCCGAGAGAAGCAAGAUGGCAGACGUGCUGGAUCUUCACGAGGCGGGGGGCGAGGAUUUCGCCAUGGAUGAGGAUGGGGACGAAAGCAUCCACAAGUUAAAAGAAAAAGCGAAGAAACGGAAGGGCCGCGGUUUUGGCUCCGAAGAGGGGUCCCGAGCGCGGAUGCGGGAGGAUUAUGACAGUGUGGAGCAGGAUGGUGAUGAACCUGGACCACAGCGCUCUGUUGAAGGUUGGAUUCUCUUUGUCACUGGAGUCCACGAAGAAGCCACUGAAGAAGAUAUCCAUGACAAAUUCGCUGAAUAUGGGGAAAUAAAAAACAUCCACCUUAAUUUGGACAGGCGCACAGGAUAUUUGAAGGGGUAUACUCUGGUUGAAUAUGAAACAUACAAAGAGGCUCAGGCUGCCAUGGAGGGACUAAACGGUCAAGAUUUGAUGGGACAGCCAAUCAGUGUUGACUGGUGUUUUGUUCGUGGUCCACCAAAGGGCAAGAGGAGAGGAGGCCGAAGACGAAGCAGGAGUCCAGACCGGAGACGCCGUUGAUAAAUCCUCUGUUGACCAUGUGGUCUCUCUGAGUCCAUUUGGUUAUGCUGCCUUGGAUAAACAGGGCUAGGGUGGACCUUGUGUUUAUAUUUAAUUUCUUACCCUAUCUACUUGGUAUUGCUUUGAGUUUAAGAAAAAAAAUAAAUGUUCCAUUUUGUUUUCUACAUUUAAAACUAUUUUACUGUUCUGGAAACAGAACAAUUACAGUGAGGCAUUCUGAGUGAUUGUGAAGAUACUUCUGUCUGAUGUGGCAUUCUGAGUGUCUAGAAAGGCUCGAGGAGACUGCUCGGCAUUUUUUUUUUCUUAGAAGAUGAGAGCAGGGUUAAUGAGAUUUUUCUUUUGGCAUUAAGGAAUGAGUUUUACAAACCUUUGUGAGCAGGUGUAAUAUUAGUGUCUCUUUUGCUUCUCUGUCAGAGUCUUGUGCAGCCCAGUCUGGCUGUAAACUCUACUGUCAAGAAUGACCUUGAACUUCUGAUACUUGCCUCUUAGCUCCCAGGUGCUAAGAUUGCACCCAUGGGCCACCAUACCAGUUUAUGUGGUCCCUAGAAUUAGAACAUAAAGAUCUGAGAUGCUCAGCCAGCUCUGCUAGAAUAUGGUGCUGAACUGUGAAGUUUGUUAGUUCCUAUAACAUAAAAGAAAGCCAGCUUGAGUACUAUGUAACAGUGUGCACACCUUUAAUCCCAGUACUUGGGAGGCAGGUGGAUCUCUUGAGUUUGAGGACAACCUGGUCUACAGCAGAGUUCCAGGACAGCCAGGGCUACGCAGAGAAACCCUGUCUCGAAAACAAAACAAACAAACAAAGCCAUUGGUACUCCUUUAUCAUAGUUUUUAGCUGAAUGAUUUUUCUGGUAUGUCUGUAGUAACUGUUUUGUUGUCUGUGUAGGUCCCUAUGUGGCCCACGCUGCCUUCAGACUGAUGCUCCUGUUUCUGUCUCCCCAAUGCAUAGUGGCAAAUAUUAAAACUUAACAUUUUCAGAU